CAUUUAAAAUAAAUCAAAUCCAGGAAAAAAAAAUUCGAAAUAUAUAAAAACAAAUCCAAUAAGUAAAACCUUUAUAACUGUAUGAAAUUACUAUGAAUGGUCAAAAGCACAAACUUUGUACAAAAUUAUCCAGUACAUAUCUGAGAAAAUGGUGGUUCACAAUAGGCGUCUCCGUGUGUCUGCUGAUCUUGGGCAUACUGGUGGCCUGUCAAUUUUACGCUUUAAUUAAUGUAAUCAUAAAUUCUCAGGUGGCCUUAAAGCCGGGUGGACAAACAUAUGGCUGGUGGUCGAAACCACCAGUAGAACCAAAAAUUUCCGUUUAUGUAUAUAAUGUCACAAAUGCCAAUGAGUUUUUAAGUAAUGGCUCUAAGCCUAUUGUAGAUGAAGUGGGUCCCUAUGUGUAUACAGAAUCUUGGGAAAAAGUUAAUAUUGUACAAAAUGAUAAUGGCACCUUGAGUUAUAAUCUCAAGAAAAUUUAUGUCUUCCGUGAAGAAUUAUCUGCCGGUUCCGAUGAUGAUGUAGUUAUUGUACCCAAUAUACCCAUGUUGAGUGCCACUUCACAAAGUAAACAUGCUGCCAGAUUUUUACGUUUGGCCAUGGCUAGUAUUAUGGAUAUUUUGAAAAUUAAGCCUUUUGUACAAGUGUCGGUGGGUCAGCUUUUGUGGGGCUAUGAAGAUCCUCUUUUGAAAUUAGCCAAAGAUGUUGUACCCAAAGAACAGAAACUGCCCUAUGAAGAAUUCGGUUUAAUGUAUGGCAAAAAUGGUACAUCAACGGAUCGUGUUACUAUCUUUAGUGGCGUCGAUGAUGUCACCAAAUUCGGUAUUAUUGACAAGUACAAUGGCCGUUCGCAUCUACCUCAUUGGUUAUCGGAUGAAUGUAAUGUUUUAAAUGGCACUGACGGUUCCAUCUUCCCACCUCACAUCAAAGAAGAUCGUAUACUACACAUUUACGACAAAGACUUGUGUCGCCUUUUGCCACUAGUCUAUGAGAAGACUGUUGAAACUAAGGCCGGUGUUAAGGGCUUCCGUUUUACACCACCCACCAAUGUAUUCGCUGAUGUUGAAUCAAAUCCCGAUAAUAUGUGUUUCUGUCCAGCCGGUCAGCCUUCCUGUGCACCAAAUGGUUUAUUCAAUGUUUCAUUGUGUCAAUAUGAUUCUCCUAUAAUGCUAAGUUUCCCUCAUUUCUAUUUGGCUGAUGAUAGUUUGCGUACCGCUGUCGAUGGCAUUUCACCACCAGAAAAGGAGAAACAUCAACUUUUUAUUGAUGUACAACCUGAUAUGGGCACCACCCUAAGAGCCCGUGCUCGCGUACAAAUUAACUUGGCUGUCAGUCAAGUUUUCGAUAUUAAACAAGUGGCCAAUUUCCCCGAUAUCAUUUUCCCCAUAUUGUGGUUUGAAGAAGGUAUUGACAGUCUGCCCGAUGAAAUAACCGAUCUAAUGAACUUUGCCGCUACAGUACCUCCCAAAAUACGUGUUAUUUUGAUAAUAGUAUUCUUUGCUCUCGGCGCUUUACUCCUUCUAAUAUCGGUAUUUUGUUUAAUACGUAAUUCUCACAGACAAAGUACUUUGCAUUUAGAGGGUUCCAAUUAUUUGGCCACCGCUCAAAUCGAUAUGCAGAAAAAGAAGGCGAAGGAACAAAAACAAAAAUAUUAGAAAAAUAAAAACAAUUAUCAUUAUAUUUACCAAACUUUCCUCUGUAGUCUCCUUCAUCCGAUCACACUUCUUUUCUGUCUCUAUGUAAAAAUAAGUUAGGUCUAUUAUAUACUAUAUUUGUAUAAUUACAAUUUAUUAAAAAAACAAGCAAAGUACUUAUUAUUAUUACUGCUUCUGUAUAAAAUGAAGAAAUCGAACUAGAGUCCAAUUUUUUUGCGAAUUACUUUUUUAGGGUUAUGGCAGAGAAAACUAAAAAUGCAAAACUCUAUUACAAAUAUUUUUAAAUUUUAAAUGUGGGUGGCAUAUGUUUUUUUAUAAAUAUAUAUAGUUUGUUAAGUUUUCUUUCAAACUUUGCAGUUUGAUUCCCUCUACAUUUCCCCCUCCUAGAUCCCUUCAUGUUCAUGUGUUUUUCACACCCUGUACUUAUAAAAUAUAACAUCAUUUUUAAUUGUCAAUUAAAAGAAGAGGAGGAGUAAAAAGUUGUAAAAUACUUCUUUUCUUUAAACCAACAGUUCACUGUGAUCCGUAACGAGCACAAAAAAUGACAUUUUUAAGAUCAAAAAAACUAUAAUUUUAUUAUUUUAAUUAACGAUUAAAACGACUUGGCGUCACAAAUUGUAUAAAAAAACUUCA